AAGAAAAAAAAAAAAAAAAAAAAAAAAAAAAGAAAGAGAAAGAGAGUAAGAAAUUAGAAGAAAAAGACAAAGCACUGCUGGUGCUCUGCUCCUGCAGAGGCCAGUUUCCUCCUCUCAACAGAAAGUGAAACCAGCUGUGGCCAGGGAGUGGGAGGGACAGGAAAAGUUCCGGAAAAUAACAACAUCCGCGGCUGCUGGAACAUACCUACAGAUCCUCACCACCCAGCAGGUGAGCCCAACCUACCCAGUGGCAUCUGGGCCUCAGCCCAAAGGAGGUGGAGGGGCCACGAGCCUGGGGAUCUGACUCCUGCCUGGAUGGCCAACGUGUGUCACCCAAUUCAGGCUGAUCACUCAAGAGGCCAAGGCUGAGAGAGAAGCACUGCAUCAAAGAAAAGCAGCUUUAUCUUAAGGAAGCCAGCAACCCGGGUAGAAAGUGCGUCAUUGUGGGAAAGAACCAACUCCCCAGCUUUCAGCGAGGAUUCCUCCAGGAAGGGACGCAGGGAACCGCUGCAGGCCAUGACCCGAGGGUAGGCUGUGCUGCUGCUUUUGGAGAUGUUUGCAUUAACCAGGAGGGUCCUGGCUGGCUUUUAAAAGUGGGUGUGAUCAUGACAUGGUCCAGAUCAGCACAUCUGUUCUAGGGGUCGGUGGUCCUAUAUUUCCAGAAAAACAAGAAGAAAGACAAAAUCAGGGCUGACCAGGCAGAGGGAACUAGGAACCAGCCAACCCGGGCACUGUGUGUAUUAAGAAGCCUUUGGUGCUCAAACUACAGGGUUCUUACAGUGGUGCCGUGAGCAUCCUGCCUGCCCGCAUCACCAUGUGUGCUUCCUCAAGGCUGGGCUCCAUGCCCAUCGUGAGCUUCUUCUUCCGCCUCCUGCAGCUGCUCUUCAUCUGCGUGCCCUUCUCCCUGGUGGCCAGUGAGGACGUUCUGAAGGGGGACAUCAUUAACUGGUGCAUGUCCAUCUGGUGUUUCUGCUUCACCGUGAGCCUCUUCAUCUUCCUAGUGGAGUUUUGCGGGCUCCAGUCCCGCCUCCCCUUCUCCUGGGAUGGAUUUCUCUAUGCCUAUGCCUUUAACUUCGCCAUCGUCUGCCUCACAACCUCCAUCAUCUUCGGCACCGCCCACAUUCAGUUCUUGUCUCCAGGCCCCACCCGGGACCGCGCCACCACUGCCACCGCUUUCUCCUGCAUCGUCGCUGUGCUUUACGCCAUUGAAGUGGCCUGGGUCUAUGUCCGUCCUGGUGAUAUAUCCUGCUUUGUGCCCACCUUGCCAGGCAUGCUCCGGAGGCUGGAAAACAUUGUGGCCUGUUUAAUCCUCACCAUCAACAGCAGCCGCUCCCUGUACCAGCACCAGCCGGCCCUGGAGUGGUGCGUGGCCGUGUAUGCCAUCUGCUUCAUCCUGGGCGCCGUGAACUUCCUGGUGAAUGGGUCUGACUGUGACAACGACAAAAAGCUGCCCAUUCCUUACCCCCGCUUCCUGCAGGGACAGACCGUGCUCUCACUCCUCCUCUACGCCAGCGCUCUGGUCCUCUGGCCUCUCUACCAGUUCAGUGAGAAGUUGGGCGGCCAGCCCCAGCGGUCCAGUGAUGACAGCUGCAGCGAUCACCACACCUCUUUCAUCUGCAUUUGGGACCUACGACUGACUGUGACCAUCUUGACAGCCAUCAACCUGCUGCUUUACGUGGCUGACACCGCGUACUUGGCCCGAGAGGCUCUUGUAGGAACUCAGGCUUGGCAAAAGGGCUUAUGAUAACCUUUCUCACUGGAAGAUUCUUUACUGGUGUCCUCUGAAGGUCCCUCUGUCCCUUCUCACGUCCCUCCCCCUCAUCCCAGCCUCUUCUCUGUUCCCUUCCCUUCUUCUGCUCUGUCUCCCUCCCUCUUUUCUCUGGCUGCCCACACUCUGCUUUGCCUCUUUCUCUGUCUGCUCUCAUCUUUUCUACAUUUUCUGCUCUUUGGUGCUUUUCUGGUCUUUUGUCUUCUCAUCUCCUGUGAGCUGACCACGUCUUCCCAUGUUUCUUCUCCUGAUCACUGGGGACCCUGAGACAUCCUCCUUCUCUGCCCCUCCCUCCUCCUAAGGUGCUCAAGGCACAUCACACAGCCCUCUGUGUAGCUCCUCAUACACUGGGCCUCGGGAGGGCUCUUGUUGCCAAAGCUGCCUGUGCCCCUGGCUGUGCCCUAGGUGUGGGGUGUGUGUGGAUUUGGGGGGUGGGGUGGAUAGCUAGGGAUUGGGCCCCCUUUUUCCCAGUGGAGGAGGUGUACAGUGCACCUCUCCUUUGAGUUAAGGUCUGCAAAGCUCAGUAAUAUCUAGUGGCAGGAAGCUUCACACAGAGACCCUCUGAGGCCCACCUGGUGCUCAGCCCCACAUGAGAAUGGCUCCAGAGUUUGUGCAGUCUUACCAAAAUCCACAGCGGGCUCCGAAGAAGCCAGGGGUGAGCUCCUUCCAUCCCACCUACUCUCUGGGGAAUCAAAAGUGGAGCUGGCAAAGGAGCCCAGGGUCGUUAGGACAACUGUCUGGAGCACUUUUGAAGGUCAGGGACGUGACCCUCCUGCCUCAGUGCUAAAGGCAGCAUGUCCUGCCUCUGCAGGGAGAAGCAAAUGGCCACUGCCAGCUUGAAAGCUGAUGUGAGCCUGGGUGUUUUAUUUUUCUUUUCUUGUUUCUGGUCAGGAGGGCAAAAAUGCUGGGUGCCCCUGUUCUUCAAGGAGAAGUUUCUUUGCAAAUUCUCUUGGGGUGGUGGCUGGGCUGGGUGGGGACUGUUGCUGCCACAGUCAAAGAAACCGCUGGGCUUGAGAGUGUUUUUCGUGUGCCUCUAGCCUUCUGCUGUGGCCUCCUGCUUCUCUGAAACUCAGGCAUAAUCCGAUCUCUAAAAUGUACAUAGUUAUUCUUCUUAUUCCCUGGAACGUCUGCUUCACAUCAGCCCCUCUGCUAGACAGAGAGAAAAGUCUUUUUCCUGAUCCCAAAUCCAUCCAGUUCCUUAUGCUUUAACCUUUUAAAGGUGAAAGAAAGAAAAACCACAAACCCCACACAUCACCAAACCCUAAUUGCCUCCAAUGUGCCUAGAGCUCAGAAGAGUCCUAGAAAAUUCCCAGCCUCCCCCCAAGAGUCCCUCUCUGGGAGCCCCUCCCCCAGCCUCCCCUCCCCCUGCCCAGCCACAGCCUAGGGAGUGGCCCAGCCCUGGGAAACUAGAGUUAGGCCCCACCCCAAUGCUCUACAUCCUGUCCUCUAGCUCUUGAAGGGGCCCUGCAGCUCCUAGAUGCCUCUCUCUUUAACGUGUGGGCCUGUGUGCUUAUCAGUGUGUGUGUGCGUGUGCGUGUGUGUGUGUGUGUGUGUGUGUGUGUGUGUGUGUACACGUGUAUGCAUUGAGAUCAGCAGCACUUUUUAGUAACUGGGGGCCUGGAAGUCACCCCAGGCCUUCUUCCUCUUUUACUCUCAGCCACAAAGCCCCAGAGCCCAGCAUCCCAGUGUCAGCAGGGCAGAGGGCCCAGGGCAGCAGAUCUGUGGGGGAGGGGAGGGGAGGGACCCUCACAGCUGCCUCUCACUCCUUUGCUGGGAGGAAGCAGGAGCUCCUCACCCAGGGGCAGGUUGGGUGGAUGGGGAGGGCCCAAGCAGGUGGUCCCAUGGCAGGAAAAUCUGAAGAUGAAAUGAAAUAAAAUGCAUGUGUGAAGGCAAGGCAAGAAAAUA